AGGUCGUCUUCGACAAAAAGCAUUACUCCGCCUAGUGUUCUGGCGCGGAAUUGCUUUGUAAGACGCGCAACGGUUGGGGAAGCAUGAAUGAAAACGAGUCUUGCGCCACAGCGGCGUGAAAAGACGCAGACGCAGUCGCAGAAGCAUGUUUCAGGCUUCAACAGGAACACCCCCAUGCUGAACACCUCCGUCUCGCAGAUGUGCAUGUAUGUGACCGGGGGGCUCUGGAGCCCCGCCGCCACGGAGCACGGCUUGCUUUUCCGCGGAGUGAUUUUCAGGUCCGCCGCCCGCACCGCGGUCAGCAGCGGCAUGAGCUCGCUCUGUGAGUCCGCCACGUCGGCCGAAGACUUUAGAACCCUUGAUGUCAAAGUCUCGAGUCCACCAUUCCUCUGUCUCCUCCAUCUCCUCCAUCUCCUCAAUCUCUUUGGUUGAGAUCAAGGCUGAGACUCUUCUAGUCCUCCAGGCAUUUCUUCAACGGACCCUUUCUACCCCAAUGAAAGAGAGACCUGGUAGAGUAGGGGGUGCCUACAGCCAGCACAACAAGUACAGCUCCAGAUCACAACCAAAAGCAAAAGAUGGGUGUGAUUCUCAGGCUGAAUAUGUCGGCUCAGCAGAUGCGAAGAAGACUGGAUUCAAAGACUUCAUUAAGCAGUUGCCACUUCGCAACAACACAAAACGCUCGGCCAAAGAUCCUAAAAGCUCACUGGAAAGGGAGAGCACUGCAAAAUGUUCCCACAUCAGAGACCAAGCAGAGGAUGAUCGUGUUAACCUGACCUCUACAUCAGAAGAUGAUGAAAGUGAGAAGAAACAGCAGAAGAAGCUGGAGCAAAUGAAGAUUAGAAAAAAGAUUUCAAAGUUCCUCAGGUUCAAGUUGGAGAGAGAAGACAAAGAGGGGCCUGAAACCUGUCCAAAUAAGCCUACCACGCCAGUCCACCAAGAUCUAGAACCAAACCCACCCAUAAUCUCUCCCAACCACCAUCCUGAGUUCUUUAAUGUGGUAGCAGAGAAGCUGGAAAAGAUUGCACAGAGGUCCACCAGUAUAAAGAAACCGAGUUCUACAGCUCAGCUUUCACAAGAAGUGUGUGAAAAAGAGGCAGUUGUGCAGCAGCUUGUGAAGGUGCUCUGUUCGGAGGGAGAUUCUAUCAACACUAAGAUCCAGUCAGACCCUUUCCUGCGCUCCAGCUUUGCUCGUCUUUCUUAUGCAUCAUUUGCCAAGCUUCUAGACACUGUGAGUCAGGUAUCUGAGGCCUCGCCCUCUGCUAGUCCAACACUGCAACGCAUGGCUGUCACCAUGGAGGUAUCACGGCGGAUAGUGACAGCCACUGGAACAAUGCGCAUGCAGGGCUAUGCAGAGUGCUAUAUGGAGACCUUUGCACCCUGGGUAAAGAGUCAUGGAGGAUGGGAGAAUGUAGAUUUGGAGGAGCCUGAGGAAUACGACUGAGUUCCAAAUCCAAAAGGUUUUUUUCCGACUAACCCCUGGUCAACACUGAAUUCUGGAUCAUCACAUCAAAGCUGUUGUUCCCCAGCUUCACUCUACUGCUUCUCCUCCUAGGCCUGGAUGUAGCUCCACUGCAGCAGCAUCUGAGCAUCAUCUGAUUGAGUAUGAGGACACAGACAUGCCCCCUGUCCCAUCCGCCCCUCCUGCUGGUUCUCUUCUUCUAAGUUCCACCAGCCUUUCUGCGACUACUUCUCCUAAUGCUGGAACUACUGCUGUAGCGCGACGGAUGAGUGUUUCUUUGGCUUUGGAUUUUCUGCCCAGGGAGUUGCCUGGCCCAUCAGCCGUCACCACCAGCUCAGCCUCCAUGCUUCCUCUUCCCACCACCCUCUCGACCACUGUCCCUACAGCCGCACUUUCCUCUGCAUCACAGAACACCACCCCAGCAGCACCUGGGCAACAUCUGGCAGUGGAUGAGCGUUGUAUUCCUGGAAUGGACCGCGUGGAUUGCCUGGCUGACUACUUGGUGGGGCUAAGAAUUGAAACUGGCCUAACCCUCACCAACCUGCAGGCCAGUACAAUUAUAGCCCUGUGGCAGAACCUCCUGCCAUAUGAUCGCCAGCGGGUGGAGUAUGCUGCACGGCACAAGAGUCGCCUGAUAACAGGACGCUUCAGGUGCUCCAAACAGAGAGCUGAAUUCACACCAGGUGUGGAGAGCGCGACACGCUGUGUCUUAGGGUCAACAGGAUCCCCUGCACAGUGGCCAGACUGUUGUCGCCUGGUAGAGUCCAUCUUUAUCAAACUGUGCCGCCUCUAUAAGAGCCCUAAAAAACAGGGCUCUCAGCUUAUGACAAGAUGGACUCUCAUCAUGAAUGAUUAUAUCAAAAUCAGGGAGCUGGUCCUGGGUAAUGGUGUGGUGAUGCAGGAUACUACACUACAAUUUUUUGAGGUCAAUCAAACAACCCUCAUCCAGUGGCACAACAAGCGCCUGAAGAGGCAGGAUUGUAGUAUUCUGCUGCAAGGGGUUAAAUUGCCUCCCGCUAUUCCCAUUGCUCCGGUGCCUCUGCCACCUAUGCAGUCACGCCCCACUGCUGCACCCCCACAUCUUGGCCCCCAACAUCAAUACCACUUGCCAGAGAGUACAGUAGGAAAGGCAGUGGACAAGAGGAAAUCUGUUCGUCCAGCCCCUACAGUCAACUUGCCUCCAGCUAUUCAUGUUGCUCCUGUGCCUCUCCCAUCAGUGCAGUCACGCCCCACUGCUGCACCCCCACAGCUUGGCCCCCAGCAUCGAUUCCACUUGCCACACACUUCAGCAAGAAAGGCAGCGGACAAGAGAACAUUUGCUCUUCCACCCGAACACCCUCAUCCUCCAAAGGCUGUCUGCCCAGGAUUGCCUUCUCUGGUCACACAGCAGACACAUCCGCAUAGCUCUGCCCCUAUGCCAGUUGUACCCCCACCCAUCCCACCCUUUGGUGCAUUUGUUUUUUUGCCCCCACAAGUCCCUGCACUGAGGUUGCUUGCUCCCGCUGGCCCCCUCCUGCCCCCAUCUCCUGCCCGAAGAAAGUACAUUCGGACAACAGAAACAAUAAAAUGCGGUCAGUGUCAUCAGCCCCGGGUUCAGGAAAAUGGCCAUCGCCAAUAUUAUGGCUCUAUAUACUGUCCUUUUACAACUGGCAUGCCACAUGACCAGUGGCUGGAGGACAUGCGGAGGAACAGGGCGGCAAAGAAAUGAUGCCAUUCUGUAAAUAGUGUAAAUAAUGUAUGUAUAUAGUUUUAAAAGACAGUGUUAUUGCGACAGUCCAGUAUUUUUUGUCCUCUAUUGCUUGUUGGUUUUCUUUUUUUUGUAUGUUUAUUAGCCAAUACAUGAGGAUCUCUUUCAUUCUUUGUAUUUUCAUUGUGUUUUUAUUACCUCCAUCAAAGAUGUCAUUUUUCACUCUUGUCUGUAUCUUGGUACAUUUAUUUCAUUCAUUCAAUCGUUGAUACUGUUGUUUGGUGGUUCUCUUUAUAAAGAU